ACACAUGACUGACUCAUCCCUGCCUGUGAGUCUGAACAAACAUAUGAGCAAUACCCACCACCACUAAGAACCCACACAAUGGAUUUGGGAAGCAUGGAAAACGAACCCACCACAACGAAUAAAACGGGGAAUUGCAGCAAAAGCACGACCUUCACCUCAUCUACCGCCAGCUACAAGAACUCCGCCAGCAAGGCAAUGGCGCAGUACAAUGCUGAUGCAAAGUUAAUGGCCGAGUUUGAGCAGUCCGGGGAGUCUGGUAAAUCCUUCAACUACACUAGGUCUGUCAUUAACGCCACCCAGGAUGCCACCGAAGAAGAAAUGAUUGCUUACCUGUCAAGAAUCCAAAGAGGUGGUCUCAUCCAACCCUUUGGUUGUAUGCUUGCUGUGGAAGAACCCACUUUCAAAAUAAUAGGGUUCAGUGAGAAUUGCUUAGAUUUGUUGGGUCUGAAGACCUUCGUUGACCCAGGCGACCAAAGGAGUCUGAUUGGGAUUGACGCCCGGACUCUCUUCACCCUCUCCUCACGGUCUUCACUGGCUAAAGCCGUCGCAUCUCAGGAGAUUUCUCUGUUGAAUCCAAUUUGGGUACACUCCCGGAGCAAUCAAAAGCCCUUCUAUGCCGUCCUCCACAGGAUCGACGUAGGGAUCGUGAUUGAUUUGGAGCCGGCCAGCUCCAGCGAUCCCGCUCUGCUGCUAGCUGGAGCAGUUCAAUCACAGAAGCUAGCCGUCCGUGCGAUCUCUAGGCUCCAAUCGCUACCCGGGGGAGACAUAGGCACACUGUGUGACACUGUAGUGGAAGAUGUGCAGAAGCUCACGGGGUAUGAUAGGGUGAUGGUUUAUAAGUUCCACGACGAUGAUCACGGAGAGGUUGUGUCAGAAAUCAGACGGUCAGAUUUAGAGCCUUAUUUAGGGUUACACUAUCCUGCCACCGAUAUCCCACAAGCUGCACGCUUCUUGUUCAAGCAGAACAGGGUCAGGAUGAUAUGCGAUUGCAAUGCAAAACCUGUCAGGAUUUUUCAGACGGAAGAACUAAAGCAGCCGCUCUGUUUGGUCAAUUCAACCCUCAGGUCGCCACACAGCUGUCAUACCAGCUAUAUGGCUAACAUGGGGUCCACAGCAUCUUUAGCCAUGGCCAUUGUCAUUAACAGCGGUGAGUCAAUGAAGCUAUGGGGACUGGUAGUGUGUCACCACACCACCUCGCGGUACAUCCCUUUCCCGCUGCGCUACGCGUGUGAGUUCCUCAUGCAAGCAUUCAGCCUUCAGCUUCAUAUGGAAAUUCAGCUGGCCACACAGCUGGCCGAGAAGAAAAUCCUUCGUACCCAAAGCUUGUUGUGUGACAUGCUUCUCCGAGAUGCUCCCUUAGGGAUAGUGACACAGUCUCCUAGCAUAAUGGAUCUCGUCAGGUGUGAUGGUGCCGCACUCUACUACGGUGGAAAGUGUUGGUUGCUUGGUGUGACUCCAAACGAGGCACAAGUAAAAGAUAUUGCCGAGUGGCUGUUAAACACCCAUGGGGAUUCCACGGGUUUGAGCACGGAUUGUCUUUUGGAUGCCGGAUACCCGCGGGCUGACACAUUAGGUGAUGAGGUUUCCGGGUUGGCCACGGCAAAGAUCAGUUCGAAGGAUUUCCUGUUUUGGUUUAGGUGUCACACCGGAAAGGAAGUGAAAUGGGGUGGGGCCAAGCAUCAUCCGGAGCAGAAAGAUGAUGGCAGAAGAAUGCACCCUCGUUCUUCUUUCAAUGUCUUUCUUGAAGUGGUGAAAGGGAGAAGUUUGCCUUGGGAGGACUCUGAAAUUAACGCUAUUCAUUCUUUGCAGCUCAUAAUGAGGGACUCACUCAAAGUGAUCGAGAAGAACUGUGUGAAAAGCAUGUCAUCGUCUUCACAACAGAGCGAUUCCGAAGGGACGAGGUUUUAUGAGCUUAGCUCUAUGGCACGAGAAUUGGUAAGGUUGAUUGAGACGGCUACGGUUCCCAUUUUUGCAGUUGAUUCAUCUGGUUUUAUCAAUGGAUGGAACUCUAAGAUUGCAGAACUUACGGGGUUGGAAGCUGAUGUGGCACUCGGCAAGCCUCUCAUGGAUUAUGUCACUCAUGAGGAUUCUCGCAAAAGCUUCAGAAGUCUUAUGUGUAGAGCUCUACAAGGUCCAUCUUAUUGAUUGUGACCAAUUGGUCAUAUGUACAAACAAUAAUUCAUGAUUCACGCUGGUUCAGGUGAGGAGGGCAAAAACAUGGAAGUAAAGCUGUUAAACUUUGGGAAGCAGCAAACAAGGGAAGUCGUGUACCUUGUAGUUAAUGCAUGUACAAGUAGAGAUUGUCAAAAUGAUAUUAUCGGGGUGUGUUUUGUGGGUCAAGACAUUACACCACAGAAAGUUGUCAUGGAUAAAUUUGUCCGCUUGCAAGGGGAUUAUGAGGCAAUUAUACAAAACCCCAACCCACUAAUCCCACCGAUAUUUGCUUCCGAUCAGAAUGCAUGCUGCUCCGAGUGGAAUGCGGCUAUGGAAAAUUUAACAGGUUGGAUGAAAACUGAGAUCUUAGGAAAGAGACUCCCUGGCGAGGUUUUUGGCGGUAUGUGCCGGCUAAAGGGUCAAGAUGCACUUACCAAAUUCAUGAUUCUCUUGUACCGAGGAAUAAGUGGCCAUGACACUGAAAAACUGCAGUUUGGUUUUUUUGACAGAAAUGGGAAUUUUUUAGACGUGUUCGUAACUGCAAAUAAGAGAAUCGACGAGAGUGGGAGUAUAAUAGGGUGUUUUUGUUUCUUGCAAACGUCUUCAACAAGAGACAAACAAGAAGAUAAUGAUGAUGAUAGAGAUUGUGUGUCAAAACUUAAAGAGUUUGCAUACAUAAGGCAGCAGAUGAAGAAUCCCUUGAAUGGAAUCCGUUUUACCCACAAGCUACUUGAAGGUACAGCUACUUCCGAUGAUCAGAAACAGUAUCUGGAAACAAGUGAAGCAUGUGAAAGGCAGAUACUGUCUAUAAUUGAGGAUAUGGAUUGUGGAGGCAUAACAGAGGGCAGCACUGUGGAGCUCACGACAGAAGAGUUUGUGAUAGGGAGUGUCAUAGAUGCAAUUGUUAGUCAAGUUAUGAUUCCGCUGAAGGAGAAAAAUGUGCAACUACUCCAUGAUAUCCCUGACCAUAUCAAAUCCCUCACUGUAUAUGGGGAUCAAAUUAAGCUCCAGCUCGUCUUAUCUGAUUUCUUGCUCAGUGUCGUGAAUUAUGCACCUUCUCCAGAUGGUUGGGUGGAAAUCCGGGUGAUCCCUGGGUUGAAGCUGAUACAAGAUGGGAAUGAGUUUAUUCAUAUCCAGUUCAGAAUGACUCAUCCUGGGCAAGGAUUGCCUGCCGCUCUAACUGAAGACAUGUCAAGAGGAGGAACGAGAUGGACAACACAAGAAGGGGUUGCUUUACAUUUCUCAAAGAAACUUGUUGGUAUGAUGAGUGGUCAUGUCCACUACAUCAAAGAACAACACAAGUGUUACUUCCUCAUUGACCUUGAUUUCAGAACACAUAAGGCAAGGUUAAGGGGGUCGAGUAUGGAUACAAGCAGUACGAACUGAUUCUAUCUCCGUAUUUUUGUUUUUCCUCAAUUGUCAACGGCACACAUUUUCAGGAUACCAUUUUUUUUCUUCUUACAUAAUUCUGAUUUUGGGUAAUUGAUUCUUGUUAAGAUUGCCUCGACUGUCAUGAUGAAGAAAACUCAUGUAGUGAGCGGUAUGUAUAUAUGUCCUUUUUUGCUGUGAUUGUAUUCAGGACUCAGGAGGAUUUUGUACACUUGUGUAUGCUAAGGACAUUGUAAUCUAUUACCAUAAACCUGCGAUUUUUAGUAUUGGAAGUCACAUUUCAUGAUUACCAUUCCA